GGAAAAACAUCUGAAGCUUUGAGUCGUUUGAUGUCUUUGCAAGCAAAGGAAGCUACUCUCGUUACCAUGGACAGCGAAGGCCGAAUCACUUCUGAAAGGGGCAUCAACAUAGAACUGGCGCCGAUCCAACAAACAGCAGAUAGAAUUGCUGGCUACUUUGUCCCCUGCGUAAUAGGCAUCGCUUUGCUUACUCUUUUUGCAUGGAUCGUUGUGGGAUACAUGUCUGACAAAUACCUGGAUAUGGCGCCCACAAGUCGAUUUGAGAACAUCAUGAAAGUAGCAUUCGAGGCAGCGAUAACCGUACUGGCUAUUGCAUGCCCGUGCAGUCUUGGCUUAGCCACUCCUACAGCCGUUAUGGUUGGAACUGGAGUAGGCGCAAUUAAUGGAAUUCUUAUCAAGGGAGGGGAACCUUUGGAAUCUGUACACAAAGUGUCUACGGUGAUUUUCGAUAAAACGGGUACUAUCACAGAAGGACGUCCUCGAGUUGUAUCCAUUUUUGGAGUGCGCUCUCCUUUGGAUCUUCCUUUGCAGCAA